GCAAAUAAAAAGAAGAAGAAAAAGUAGUAAGAAGAAUCUUUAUGGUAUUUAUUUUGGUGAAUGUCUUGGGAGACAUGUUCUAAAAAUACAAAACACAGCCAGCUGCUCCUUUUUUAGUGUUUGGCAGUGUGUGUCACAUCAUAAUCCUAAAUAUCAAAGAAGAGUACCAUUGUCCAUUUUUGGCCCUGAUCAUUUUCCAAGCAGAUCAUCAUCUGGGAGGACAAAUUACACCGAGCACACCUCACACCACAGGAUAAUCGCCCAGGGUAAUCUUUUAAAGACAUCCAAUAAUCUGUCUUUUGUUGACUUCUGUUGGAGGAAAAGAAAAAUACUAAAGUUUUGGUCUAGCUGAAGUUUAUACCCACCGACUUCAGAUAAUCGGCUUCCAGUCAACCACAGGUCCAAUAUUGGUGUCUUGUCUGAGACAAUCAUUCACACGACCAUCACUGAGUGGAUCGUCAAGCCAUCACUGCCUGUGGAGAAGUCAGACACUUCACACCCAUCAUGGAUGAGGAACAGUGUUACUACAAUGAGACCAUUGCCUUCUUCUACAACCGCAGUGGCAAGUACCUAGCUACAGACUGGAACACGGUGAGUCGCUUGGUGAUGGGCCUGGGCAUCACAGUCUGCAUCUUCAUCAUGCUCGCCAACCUCCUGGUGAUGAUUGCCAUCUAUGUCAACCGGAGAUUCCACUUCCCCAUCUACUACCUGAUGGCUAACUUGGCAGCUGCAGACUUCUUUGCUGGUCUGGCCUAUUUCUACUUGAUGUUCAACACGGGACCAAACACGAGGCGUUUGACUGUUUCGACAUGGUUGCUCCGCCAAGGCUUGAUUGACACCAGCUUGACAGCCUCUGUGGCAAACCUCCUCGCUAUCGCCAUCGAACGCCACAUCACAGUGUUCCGCAUGCAACUGCACACGCGUAUGAGCAACCGCCGUGUGGUGGUGGUAAUCGUCAUAAUCUGGACCAUGUCGAUAGUCAUGGGAGCCAUUCCAAGUGUGGGCUGGAAUUGCAUCUGUAGUAUUAAAUCGUGCUCCAAUAUGGCACCACUUUAUAGCAACUCCUACCUGGUCUUUUGGGCUGUCUUUAACCUGGUGACAUUUGUUGUCAUGGUGACACUGUAUGCCCACAUCUUUGUCUAUGUGCGCCAAAGGACAAUGAGGAUGUCACGUCACAGCUCAGGACCACGACGUAACAAAGACACGAUGAUGUCACUCCUGAAAACUGUGGUGAUUGUCUUGGGUGCAUUUAUCAUCUGCUGGACCCCAGGUCUUGUCAUUCUCCUCCUUGAUGUCUUUUGUGCCAGCUGCAAUGUCCUCACCUAUGAAAAGUUCUUCCUGCUUCUCGCCGAGUUCAACUCCGCCAUGAACCCCAUCAUCUACUCCUACCGUGAUAAAGAGAUGAGCGCCACCUUCAGACAGAUCCUGUGCUGUCAGCGGCAGGAGAACGUCAACGGGAUGGCAGCGGAGGGGUCUGACCGAUCGGCGUCGUCCAUCAACCACACGGUGCUCAGUGGCGGCAUGCAUCACCAUCACAACAACGAACACUCUGUGGUAUAAAGGGUCAAGGCGAAUUGCUGAACUCCGGGUGAGAGGCUGCAUGAGAAGGUCUAACGACUCAGAACGUGAUGUGAAGACAUAAUCUCGUGAAUGGGAUAACGGAAGGAAGAUGGACACUUUUCACAGAACACUACGUAUGAAGGAUGAGGAGUGAUCAGAUGUCUUUAAUGCCUCUGAAAUGCUGUUGAUAUUGUUGUUUCUGACAUAUUUUCUAUUUGUGUUAAAUGUGUUGUGACGGGCAACGCUAAUACAAACUAUUUUGUCUGUGAAAUUAUGAUAAUGCCAGUAUAACAUGCACCCCCUCUCCAGUGUACUGUAACGUUACUGUAUACUCCAGUUACUUCCAGCAAGCACAAAUGCAUGAAGGAUGGAAAAGACAUUGUUUUGAUUAUUUUUGUUGAUAAUUAGCAGGAUAAUGCAAAAACCUCCCACAAACCAUUUUUUGAGAAACAUUUUGCUGGGGGGGGGGUAUAAUCACAUUUUGUGAGGGUUUGGGCUCUACCACCAGUUUAGUAGCAGUCAGUUAAAAUCCAUCCAGUUUGACACGAAGUAGCAAGUAGUCUGGUCGCUGAUAAAUAGAGCAACUAAGUAAAGUGGACCACUUUUUUUUACUUAUGUUAACAGACUUUGUCGAAGGUCUGCACUCCACUGAGUGCCAUUCUGGGCACAAAUUUGGUUGUAUUCAUUGCGACCAAUGCGGUUCAAUUACAAAAUUUGUUUGUGAAGCUUUAUCUCAACAAAACAAUAAGAUAGAUGAUUACUGUGCUUUGAUUUGAUGAUUCGCCUUUUGAAACAAAAAACUGUCUUUUGUCAUAUUUUGAUGUUCAUCGCCAAGUAGACUUUAAUUGACACAUUAAAGGAAACUCAUUCACUGUCA